AUGGCUACAGUCUGUGCAAGACCAGCGCUAGUGGCUACCCGUGCAUCCAGUGCGCAACAAAGCAUCAACACGUCUGUCCGAGGAAAACCUACAGCUGUCCCAAACAAGCACCUGCCUGAUACGUGUUCUCCUGGUCCAACCCCAACCAAGCUGCAACAGCAGCAGCAGCUUGAAACUCCGCCGGGAUCGCCAAGAACACCCAAUAACCAACAAGUGGUCGACAUACCUUCAUUGCUGGUCGAAGCCACCAACUACCAAAGAGUCAGCGACAGCCCGCCCAUCUAUGCAUUGACUGCUCAAGAGCUGCACGAAGCAUUGGACCACACAGCCUCACGCCCCCUACCAGACACAAAGACCGUCUUCCCUUGGCUUCAUGGUCUCCACCCAGAAAACAGCAUCCAAUUGACAUACUUCUCGGCGCGCAACAAGAAGCAAUUCCGACGAUCCCCUCGCACCUUGCGUGGCAUAACUUUGGUCAAGGCAGGAGGUGACCUUACACACUCCAAGCUCAAGGGCGCCAUUGCCCCUGAUGAACUGCUACUCGCUACAAAGGCCGGUGAUCAGAUCUCGACUUUCCUAGACGUCGACCCCAGAGAUGGCUUCUCCAUCCGUAAUUUCCAGAUCCAGGCAGUCAAGAUGGCGACCAUGAGCGACAUUGUUGUCUACGCCGACGAUAAGACGUCCAACGCUGUGCUUGACAAGUUGGCAUCCAUCAUUGCGAGAGCUCAGAAAGUGUGGAGAGAAAAGGAUAGAGGCACUGAUGUCGAAGUACCGCAGUACCACACGUAUGUGGUGACAGAAACAUUCGCCAAGUUGCAAGCCGAGCAUCCAGAAAUCGUAGCUGUCGAUGACAGUGGCAAUAUGACUGGUGAAGUCAUGGACUUUUUCCACUCCGAAAGAUACGAGAUGCAUACCAUGUCCUCAGCGACUGAAAUUGCCAACAACGUUUGGCUUGGUCCUACCCCUGAUGCAUCUCUGACAACACCGUCGGACCCAGAUGCAGCACUACCAUCCGCAGCGCAAGCUUAUGAUUUGUUCGUGGAAGCAACCGACCCAGCGCAACUACCAGAUUACAAGGCAUUCCAGCUGAUGGAGAGUCUCUUGUCGAACCCAAAGGUAUCCAACAACGCCAUUCCACAACUUGAGUUUCCAGGCUCUGGCGCCAUCAUGCCACCUACCUGGUCUCAGACAGAGGUAGAUGCUCUGAUGGACACAGUAGCCUGGCUAUACAAGCAAGCAAAUCCGGAACACGAGGAACCAAUGCAUCGUAAAGACAGCCAGCAGAUGACACCUCCCAAAUAUCACCACGAUGCCGACGGAGACAUCGGCAUGAUCGACCUCGAUCUUGGUGCUGAUCGCCAAGGCAGGAAAAUCCUCAUCCACUGCACUGACGGAUACACCGAGACGUCAAUGUUAGCACUCGCCUACUACAUGUACGCCAAUUGUGCGACGGUAGACAGGGCGUACGUGGAGCUGCACACCAAGCACCAUCGUAAUCUCUUUUCGUACCCCACCGAUGUUUCCCUUUUGAGCUCGAUCCAGCCAAGAAUCUUGCAGUCAUCUCCUAACUCAACCAAUUCCAUGGCAGCGCUUUGUCGGCCUUCUCCGGCGUGGUUCAGCAAGAUGGAUGGUUCCUUCCCCUCUAGAGUCAUGAAUUACAUGUACCUAGGAAACCUUGGGCAUGCCAACAACCCUGAUCUGCUGCGUGAACUCAAUAUUGGGCAAGUCCUUAGCAUUGGCGAAACAAUCAACUGGACAAGUGGUGAGACCAAGAGAUGGAAGGAUGAUGCUCGUACAAAAGACAGCAUCCUCUAUGUAGAUGGAGUCCAGGACAAUGGAGUCGAUCCGCUGACAUCGUCCUUUGAUAGAUGCUUAGAUUUUAUCAGAAAGGGAAGGGAAGCAGGUGUUGCCACUCUUGUCCAUUGUAGAGUGGGUGUUUCCAGAUCUGCGACAAUUUGUAUCGCCGAGGUGAUGAAUGAAUUCGGCAUUUCGUUCCCUCGAGCAUACUGCUUCGUUCGGGCUCGUCGCCUCAACGUCAUCAUCCAACCUCAUUUACGAUUUUCAUACGAGCUUCUAAAGUGGGAGGAGCACCAGUGUUCCAAGCGUGGCAAGCCAGUCCGCAGAGAACUCGAAUGGGGCACCAUAGCCCGCGAGAUUGCAGCCAUGAACCGGCCCUACUCACGGCAAUAG